GCUGCACUGCAGCGAUGGCCUCCCCCGACCUGCUCUUCAAUCUGCGGAACCUCUUCUACCUGGGCGCCUACCAGGCAGCCAUUAACAACAUCGACAUCCCAGGCCUCGACGCCGACGCCGCCGCUGAGCGCGAUGCCAUCGUCUUCUGCUCCUACAUCGCCCUCGGCUCCUACCAGGUGCGAACACAUCGGGCGUCAGGCGCAUCACCGCUAGCUCGCCGCACCGCUACCUCGCUGCAGGCUGUGAAGCUGCUCGCUCUGUACCUCACUGGAGACAAGAUAAUGUAG